AUGGAGCAACAACAGAACCCAUCUUUCGUUCUGAAGGCCAUCAAGGACAUUGUAACCGAGGACCGUCCCAAGCCCGAGCUCAAGGAUCCCUAUGAUGUUAUUGUCUACGUCGCCCAGACCGGCCGGCGACCGCGUCGCCAAGGAGCCUGGUGUGCCGGCUCCUACCACCUGUGUGGUGAUAUGAUCUUCGCCGCCACUCCACCCUGGGACGGAACUCUGGCCAAGUACUAUGUCAACGCCGCCGACUUCUGCUACAAGGUUCCCGACUCGAUGAACCUCGAGGAGGCCGCCAUGGUGGAGCCCGUUUCCGUCGCCUGCGCCAUUGCAAAGACCGCCGAGCUCCGCGCCCACCAGGCCUACGGCGCUAAGAAGGUCAUCGGUGUUGACGUUGUGCAGUCUCGUCUGGAUGUUUCCAAGUCAUAUGGCGUCGACCACACAUACAUGGUUCCGCGCGCCGAGCCCGGCGCCGAUCCAAUGGAGCACGCGGAGAAGGCGGCUGAGAUGAUGAAGGAGGAGGUCGGACUCGGCGAGGGCGCUGACGUUGUGCUUGAGUGCUCCGGUGCCGAGCCUUGCGUACAGCUCGGUAUCUAUGCUGCCAAGCGCGGCGCGACUUUCGUGCAGGCUGGUAUGGGCAAGGAGGUUAUUGCCUUCCCAAUUACUGCUGUCUGCACCCGUGGGCUGACUGUUAAGGGAUCCAUUCGUUAUCUGGCUGGCUGCUACCCCGCCGCCAUCGACUUGAUUGGCAGUGGGCAGAUUGACGUCAAGCGUCUGAUUACCAAUCGCUACAAGUUUGAGGAGGCUGAGCAGGCGUUUGAGCUUGUGAAGGCGGGAAGACAGGAUGUUUUCAAGGUUAUGAUUGCCGGUGUGCAAUAA